AUGCUUACAGAGUAUCCGCCACCUCCAGAAGAGCUAAGCACUCUGCCAGCGUCACUUGGAACCUUCCCUCCUCCACCGCCAGAGAACUCAUAUGACCCCUUCCAGAUGAGGACUCCAGGGAAGACCCUGGAGGAGAGGCGCUCCAGUUUGGACGCUGAGAUCGACUCGCUCACCAGUAUCCUGGCCGACCUGGAGAGCAGCUCGCCAUACAAGCCCCGCCCCGCACAGAACUCUGGUAUGUCAGCCACCUCCUCUCCAAACGCCCCAGUGACUGGCUACAAGAGGAUGGUGAUCCCGACUCAGCCUCCACUCACCGCCACCAAGAAGUCUGCUCCCAAACCCCAGAGUCCCGCAGCCGGUCAUACGACGCCCCCUUCCUCUGGAAAACCUCUGUCCCAGACCCCAGUCCCCCAGCCGGCCUCAUAUGCCACAGCAUCCACCCCCAGCCAGCCCACCUUCAAUGUCCAGGUGAGAUCCGCCCAGCCAGGACCCCAGCAGCACCCGUCCCCAGCAGGACAGGGGUACGGCCAGCACCCCAUCCGCAGCCCAACUCAGGUCCAGUAUAUGCCCGCCCAGCCAAAGGGUCCCGACUUUGCCUACGGACCUCCCCAGCCGGGCUUCUCUCCCAUGAGCCACGGAGGGUAUCAUCCCGAGCACCAGCCCCAGAGACCAGAGCCCGUCCAGAACCAGGGGUACCAGGCUGCGGCCCCCAAGAAGACCUACAUCACAGACGUUCCCCAAGGCCUGUCGCCGUACGCCCCUGGACCCAUGGUGCCACCGAAGGGUGGCGUUCCCGUGUCCCACCCGGAAGACGAGCUGGAACGCCUCACCAAGAAGAUGCUGUACGACAUGGAUCAUCCUCCGUCUGAAGAGUAUUUUGGGCGUUGUGCCAGCUGCGGGGAUAACGUGGUGGGAGAGGGCACCGGCUGCACGGCCAUGGACCAGGUCUUCCAUGUGGACUGCUUCGUGUGUAUGACCUGUAGCAGCAAACUGCGUGGAAAACCCUUCUACGCCGUAGACAAGAAGGCCUACUGCGAGCCCUGCUAUGUUAACACGUUGGAGACCUGCAACCUGUGCAGUAAGCCCAUCAUGGAGCGGAUCCUGCGAGCCACAGGGAAGGCCUACCACCCGCACUGCUUCACCUGCGUGGUCUGUCACCGCAGUCUGGACGGCGUGCCCUUCACCGUGGACGCCUCCAACCACAUCCACUGCAUCGAGGACUUCCAUAAGAAGUUUGCCCCUCGCUGCUGUGUGUGCCAUGAGCCCAUCAUGCCGGCCCCGGGGCAGGAGGAGACCGUCCGCAUCGUGGCCCUGGACCGCGACUUCCACGUGCAGUGCUACCGCUGUGAGGACUGUGGCUCGCCGCUGUCUGAGGGAGAGAACCAGGGCUGCUACCCUCUGGACGGACACGUGCUCUGUAAGACCUGCAACAGCGGCCGCAUCCAGGCCCUGACCGCCAAGGCCACCACCGACCUGUGA